UAAAGGCCACCUAUCAUUGACGACUGUUAGAUGGACGGACCCCGGCUUCCUAAAGCUUCAGGGAAACCUUUGAAUGGAUGAAUUUUAUCCGCUGAAAUCACAAACAUCUAAUUAACUACCCCGUUCUGAGCCGGGCUGAGCGCUCCGUUAGCUUUCACAGGACAACACCGUGAGGAGCCAUGUUUCUCUACAACAUCACCCUGCAACGGGCCACUGGCAUCACCCAUGCCAUUCAUGGAAACUUCUCAGGAACCAAGAUGCAGGAGAUUGUUGUUUCCAGAGGAAAAAUCCUGGAGUUAUUGCGCCCUGAUGCCAACACAGGAAAGGUGCACACCCUCCUCACAAUGGAAGUGUUUGGCAUCGUCAGAUCCCUGAUGGCCUUCAGACUCACAGGAGGAACUAAAGAUUACAUCGUUGUGGGAAGCGACAGCGGUCGCAUCGUUAUCCUGGAGUAUCACCCAUCGAAAAACCAGUUUGAGAAGGUCCACCAGGAAACGUUUGGAAAGAGCGGCUGCCGGCGCAUCGUUCCAGGACAGUUCCUGGCUGUUGACCCAAAAGGAAGAGCUGUUAUGAUAGGAGCGAUAGAGAAACAGAAGCUGGUUUACAUCCUGAACAGAGACGCCGCUGCGAGACUCACCAUCUCCUCUCCUCUGGAAGCUCAUAAAGCCAACACGCUCGUUUAUCACGUGGUCGGAGUCGAUGUCGGCUUUGAGAAUCCGAUGUUUGCCUGCUUAGAGAUGGACUACGAGGAAGCCGACAACGACCCAACAGGAGAAGCUGCUGCAAACACACAACAGACUCUGACUUUUUAUGAGCUGGAUCUGGGCCUGAACCACGUGGUCCGGAAGUACAGCGAGGCUUUGGAGGAGCAUGGAAACUUCCUUAUCACUGUUCCUGGUGGUUCAGACGGACCCAGUGGGGUUCUGAUCUGCUCUGAAAACUACAUCACCUACAAGAACUUUGGAGAUCAGCCCGACAUCCGUUGUCCCAUCCCCCGCCGCAGGAAUGACCUGGAUGACCCGGAGCGCGGUAUGAUAUUUGUCUGCUCAGCCACUCACAAGACCAAGUCCAUGUUCUUUUUCCUGGCUCAGACCGAGCAGGGAGACAUCUUUAAGGUCACGCUGGAAACGGAUGAAGAAAUGGUCACUGAAAUACGGCUGAAGUACUUUGACACAAUCCCCGUGGCAACAGCGAUGUGUGUCCUGAAGACCGGCUUCCUGUUUGUGGCCUCAGAGUUUGGAAACCAUUAUCUCUAUCAAAUCGCUCACCUGGGUGAUGACGACGAGGAGCCGGAGUUCUCCUCAGCGAUGCCGUUGGAAGAGGGAGACACCUUCUUCUUUCAGCCUCGGCCACUUAAAAACCUGGUGCUGGUGGAUGAACAAGAGAACUUGUCCCCCAUCAUGUCCUGUCAGAUCGCCGAUUUGGCCAAUGAAGACACACCUCAGCUGUAUGUAGCCUGCGGACGAGGCCCAAAGUCCACCCUCAGGGUCCUUCGGCACGGACUGGAGGUUUCAGAGAUGGCUGUGUCUGAGCUGCCCGGUAACCCCAACGCCGUGUGGACCGUACGGCGACACGUAGAAGAUGAGUUCGACGCCUACAUCAUCGUGUCUUUCGUCAACGCUACUCUGGUUCUGUCCAUCGGGGAGACUGUGGAGGAAGUGACAGAUUCUGGAUUUCUGGGAACGACGCCCACACUUUCCUGCUCUCUGCUAGGUGAAGACGCCCUCGUGCAGGUUUACCCAGACGGUAUCCGUCACAUCCGUGCAGAUAAACGUGUGAACGAGUGGAAAACGCCCGGGAAGAAAACGAUUGUCCGCUGCGCCGUGAACCAGCGGCAGGUUGUCAUCGCCCUGACCGGAGGAGAGCUCGUCUACUUUGAGAUGGACCCGUCGGGCCAGUUAAACGAGUAUACGGAGCGAAAGGAGAUGUCUGCUGACGUGGUUUGUAUGAGUCUGGCCAACGUCCCGCCUGGUGAGCAACGUUCCCGCUUCCUGGCUGUCGGGCUGGUCGACAACACGGUCCGAAUCAUCUCCCUGGACCCCUCGGACUGUCUGCAGCCACUGAGUAUGCAGGCCCUUCCUGCUCAGCCUGAAAGUCUGUGCAUCGUGGAGAUGGGAGGUGUUGAGAAACAGGAUGAAAUCGGAGAAAAAGGAACCAUCGGCUUCCUCUACCUCAAUAUAGGCUUGCAGAAUGGUGUGCUGCUGAGGACGGUUCUGGACCCGGUAACCGGUGACCUGUCGGACACCAGAACACGGUACCUGGGUUCCCGACCAGUCAAACUGUUCAGAGUCCGGAUGCAGGGACAGGAGGCCGUGCUGGCGAUGUCCAGCCGAUCGUGGCUCAGCUACUCGUAUCAGUCUCGCUUCCAUCUGACUCCGCUCUCCUACGAAACGCUCGAGUACGCCUCCGGCUUCGCUUCAGAGCAAUGCCCUGAAGGCAUCGUGGCCAUCUCCACCAACACACUUAGAAUUUUGGCUUUGGAGAAACUGGGAGCCGUCUUCAACCAGGUGGCUUUUCCUCUGCAGUACACACCCAGGAAGUUUGUGAUUCACCCAGAAACCAACAACCUGGUUCUGAUCGAGACCGACCACAACGCCUACACCGAGACGACCAAAGCUCAGAGGAAGCAGCAGAUGGCUGAGGAGAUGGUGGAGGCGGCUGGUGAAGACGAGCGAGAGUUGGCUGCAGAGAUGGCCGCAGCGUUCCUGAACGAAAAUCUCCCAGAAGCCAUUUUCGGUGCACCUAAAGCCGGAGCGGGGCAGUGGGCCUCACUGGUUCGACUGGUUAAUCCCAUCCAGGGUUCAACUCUGGAUCAGGUGCAGCUGGAACAGAAUGAAGCUGCUUUUAGUGUGGCUGUGUGCCGUUUUCCCAACACCGGAGAUGAUUGGUACAUUCUGGUGGGAGUUGCCAGAGAUAUGAUUCUCAACCCCAGAUCUGUUGGCGGCGGCUUCAUCUACACGUAUCGGCUCACCGCUGGAGGGGAGAAACUGGAGUUUGUGCACAAGACCCCAGUCGAGGACGUGCCGUUGGCCAUUGCACCAUUCCAGGGACGCAUCCUGGUCGGGGUGGGAAAACUGCUGAGGAUCUACGACCUGGGCAAAAAGAAGCUGCUGCGCAAGUGUGAGAACAAGCACGUUCCCAACAUAGUGACAGGCAUCUACACCAUCGGCCAGCGCGUCAUCGUGUCGGACGUUCAGGAGAGCCUGUUCUGGGUCCGGUACCGGCGAAACGAGAACCAGCUAAUCAUCUUCGCUGACGACACGUAUCCCCGCUGGGUGACGACGGCCUGUCUGCUCGAUUACGACACCAUGGCUUCAGCAGACAAGUUUGGCAACAUCAGCAUCGUGCGUCUUCCUCCCAACACCAGUGAUGAGGUGGAUGAAGACCCCACAGGAAACAAGGCCCUGUGGGACAGAGGUCUCCUGAACGGAGCAUCACAGAAGGCUGAGGUCAUAAUGAACUACCACAUCGGUGAGACGGUGUUAUCGCUCCAGAAAACCACGCUGAUCCCCGGAGGUUCGGAAUCUCUGGUGUACACCACACUGUCAGGAGGCAUCGGCAUUCUGGUCCCGUUCACUUCGCACGAGGAUCACGACUUCUUCCAACACUUGGAGAUGCACAUGCGCUCCGAGUUUCCUCCGCUUUGUGGCAGAGAUCACCUCAGCUUCAGAUCGUACUACUUCCCAGUAAAGAAUGUGAUUGAUGGAGAUCUCUGUGAGCAGUUCAACAGCAUGGAUCCACACAAGCAGAAAAGUGUAGCGGAGGAGUUGGACAGAACACCCCCAGAAGUCUCCAAGAAGCUGGAGGACAUCCGCACCCGUUACGCUUUCUAAGCUCCCAGCAGGGAGCGAGAAGAUCCUGCUGCACGGCCCUUGUCCAUGUUAAGGAUUCAGCUUCACAGCAGGUUACAGGAACUGUUAAUAAAAACGACACAUUUGACCCUGAAACGUUGAAGAAACAUAGCGUGCGCCUUCUCCCACGCAUCCACUGACUAUCUGUCAUCUCUGAGAUGGCAACGUCAGGUUUUCACAGCUUUUCUGUGCUGUCUGUUGCCCCAGAGUUCACAUCCCACACCUCCCAGUUACAGGAAAACAGAACAAAGAUGCACACCUCCCUUGAUCCCGGCAGCUUUCCUUAUCAGUUCAGUCAUCAUCUCUGAGCAGCUCGUUUAGAUGGUUCAGGCAGAAAUGGAGAUGAAUUUCCUUCUGCUGGGACAGAUGAUCCAUGGAGCUGAGAUAAAGCAUGCAUUUCCUGACGUUUCUGCUGACUCUGGUCCCGGUUCGUUAAUUAGAACGUUGAGCCGUUGUUUCAGCUGUUAGGCAGCAUCUCCUCCAGCUCCACCUGUUUGUUUGGGUCUCAGCAGUCCUGCUGGGUCAUUAAGAUGAUGGGGAAAAACACUGAAGGUCUGCUCCGCUUGGUAAAUUCCCAACCUCAGCCACAGACAGCAUUCCAACAAAAACAUAAAAUAAAAAAUCAUUGGACCUUCGGGUUUGUGGGACGGGGGCGGUUUGUUUUUGUAAAUAAAGCUGUUUUUAUAAAACUG